GCUGCCGCCGCCGUCGACGCCGCCGCAGCCGCCGAGACGACGACAGUGUGCGUGCGGUGCCGUCUCCGCAGUAAUCGUGCAUUGGCAGACUAUCACGUCACCCUUUAAAUACUAGCAGACUUACGGGACGUUGUUGGGAGGCACGACCGAAGUGAUCUCCUCUGUCAAAGAGACGGUGGUCCUCGUCUACAGCGGCGCAGUGUAAGGGCUGGCUGUAGCUGUAGCCGAGUUUUUUUCGGAAGAUGGUGCCGAAGUGAGGAUCCUCAACUCUUUGAUCGAUGCGCGAAUUCGCGACCGAUUACAUUGCGGCGUGUAACCGUUGUUUGAAGUUCAUUUUGAAGACUAUUAGUUAGGUUAUCAUUUGAAAAAGCAAAGUUUAACUUAACAAUGCUGCUGUUGAAGUGAAAUUUAUAAUCGUUGCAUACAAAGCCUUGAUUGAUAUUGCCAAGAGUUGGUGUUUUUUUAUACUUGAAAGGAAAACUUUGUGAUACCAAAGAUUAUUCUCGCAGAAAAUGGGCUUCAAAUUUGACUACCAUUGAGAAAAGUAAUCAGUCAUGGAAUAUGAUAGUAGCGACUUGGAAAUAAUUGAGUUCAUUCGUAAAGGAAAAUUGGAUAAGGUCAAAAAGUUUGUUUCUUCAGUUGGAUUAUCACAUUCAAAGACAUGGCAGGGAGGAUAUAUGUUGCUUUAUUGGGCCUUAGGCUACAAUCACACAAAUAUUGCAAAAUGGCUGUUAUCACAGAAUUGUCCAGUAAAUCCAGAAAAUCAAAAGUUUUCUCAAAAGACAGUGCUUCACUUAGCUGUUUCUUUAGGCAAAGCUGAACUUGUCAAAAUAAUUUUGAAAAAAGGAGCUUCAGUUACAGUUAGCAAUGAUCGCUUAGAAACACCUCUACAUAUAAGUUGCAAAAGAAGAAAGCCAGAAGUACUAUUAAAAAAUGAUGUAUUAACAAUAAUAAAGCUGCUUUUAAAGCAUGGGGCUCCUAUAAAUGCUAAAGGUGGAUUAUGCGAAGAAACUCCAUUGCUUUUUGCUAUAAAGAAUAAGCAUCAUUGUGGAAAAAUUGUAAAAUUACUCUUGAGUAAUGGGGCUAAUGUCAACGAUUAUGACAUGUACAGAAAAACAGCUUUACACAUUGCUGUGGAAAACAGUGAUCGAAAAAUGAUCAAGCUUCUCUUGGAACACAAUGCUGAUGUCAAUGUGAAAAAUUGCAAUGGACGAACUCCAUUACAUUUGGCAGUUCGUGGACGUUAUAUAGAUAUAGCCAAAAUGUUGCUGUCCCAUGGAGCUGAUGUAAAUGAUAUCAUCUAUGACUUUGAAGAAUACCGUUGGACUGCAUUGCACAUAGCAGUUAAAAAUAAAGAUGAAAAAAUGAUAAAGCUUUUAUUAGAGUACAAUUCAAAUGUGAAUGCUAAAGAAGAUCAUUAUAGAACACCUUUGCACAUUGCUUCAGUCAGUCAUUGUCCAGAUAUAGCUAAGAUACUUUUAAAUGCUGGAGCUGAUAUAAAUGAUGCUGAUAAACAAGGUUUAAUUCCUUUUCAUCUUGCAAUUCGAAUAGAGGAUGAAAAGAUGGUAGAAUUUUUAUUGCAGCAUAAUGCCAAUGUACAUGCAAAGCGUGAUGACGGAAAAAGUUGUUUGCAUUUUGCGGCGGAAAAUCGAUCUGCAAGUAUUGCAAAAAUAUUAUUGAAUAAGGGCGCUAAUAUUAAUGAUACAACUAAAGACGGCCGCACAGUCCUUCAUUUUUCUGCCAAAAAAGGAUCUAAAGAAUUAGUAGAACUAUUUUUGAAAUUGGGUAUGGACGUCGACGUGAAGACGAAAGUCGAUAAUUUCACUCCGCUUUAUUAUGCCGUUAAAAAGCGUCAUUGCCAAAUAGCUGAAUAUCUCUUGUACCACGGAGCUGACGUCAACGUUCCAGUAAAAGUUUAUCAAACUUUGCUAAGACUUGCUGUAUAUGAUAUGAACAAAGAGAUGGUUGAACUUCUCCUAAAUUGGAAUGCUAACAUAAAUGCUGAGGACAGUGAUGAUGAAACUCCACUACUUAUAGCAACAGACAGUCCUAGAUACGAAGACAUUCCUGGCUCAGAAAUGAUGCAUGGAAUAACUGAUUGCCUUAUUAUGUACAUAGCCAAGCUGGUUGCUGAAAAAUUAUACGUGAGUGAGCAAGAUUCGCGUUUGAUAAAACAAAAGUGUCGCCUGCAAUUAUUUUAUGACCAGUGUCAAAAUGAACUAGCAAACAUGAAGAAUAAAAAGAUAUAUGAUAAUAUAUCUUAUUAUGAUAUACUGACGAAAAGUACAAACACAAUGGUUUCUUAUGCAAGAAAUAAGAAUUUGACUAGUGCCUUUGAAUCCAGCGACUACUUAAACGCCUUUCCAAUAUAUUCUUUAAUGAUGCAUAAAAACUAUGAAAGAGGAAAAGUGAAGAAACAAUUGCUUGAAGUAGGAUCAAUAGCAUUAAAAUUCCUUUUUAAAAAUAAUACUGAACAAAAAGUGCCAGUUGAAUUGCCUUAUGUAGUUAAUAGAGAAAUAUUAAAUUAUUUAGACUUAAAAGAUUUGAGAAUAUUAUCUGCUCUUUGCCACCCAUCACCAACACAAAAAAUACAAAACAUCAGCAGAGAUAAAUUUAAUUACAAUUUGUUAAAUUUUUUAAGAAGAUCUUUUUAAUUAUAAAUUUUAAAAAAGGGCUACUUAAUAACAAGAUUUAUAUGUAUUGUGAUAUAAAAUUAAUUUCUCUCUUAUACAAAAGUGCAAUUUUAUAUAAGUAUAUAUAGAAAAAUUAUACAAAGUUUUAGUAUAAUAACAGUAAAUAUUUUUUUACCUUAGUAUUUUACAAUCGCGCCUGUGUAUAAACUAUAAAAAAGAUUUAUUUUAAUUUUAUGUAAAUAAAAGAAUAAAACAUUAUUUUGUAAAAAUUUAGUCGUGCAACUAAUUGUAAAAAUUAUUACGUUUGUUAUUAUGGUAAUCAUUACUAUCGAUGUUGCUAUUAUUCUGUUAUAACGACUUAUUUAUUUAUUCAUAUUGUAUAUACAAAGCUAAUAAUUAUUAAAUAAAAUUUUAUAACAAUGGAA